AUGGACGAUACAUUCGAUUUUGAUAAACCAGUCGUCGAUACAAAAGAUGAUGCAUCAUUAUAUCUUGAUUUUGUUCGAUUAGUUGAAAGUAAUCAACUUCGACGAUUUGAAAGUAGUGUUAAUAAAUUUGAUAUUAUUCAAUAUGAAUUAAAUGAUGGUCCAAGUAAACCACUUCUAUUUUAUGCUAUUGAACGUAAUGAUGAAGUAUUUACAAAACUUAUAUUGGAUAUGGAAGUACCAUUGGAUAAAGAAUAUUCAGUUAUGGUACCAUCAUCUUCGUCUCCAACAGGUGAACUUGUUCAAAAAACUUUAAAUGCUUAUGAAUAUGCUCGGGAAUUACAACAUAAUGAUCUUGCUAAUUUAAUUCAUAAUCGUAAAAAUUUACCGCCAUUUGAUCAACGUUUUUUUCGUACACUUCAAUUAAAUGAUGUUCGUCGUUGUGAAACAUUUAUACAUCGUUUACAUAAUGAUAAACGACAACAUGAUUUAUCUACAAAAGGUUUAUUUUUAGCCGCACAAUUAGGUUCAAUACGUUUAUUAGAUUAUUUUUUAACACGAGAAAAGAUUGAUAUUGAUAUACAACAGCAACAAGAAAAUGGUUAUGUAACAACAGCUUUAUUAACAGCUAUAACAUUCAAUCAAAAUGAAUCAGCUAAAUUUCUUUUAUUUCGUGGGGCGAAUCCAAAUGUAAAAGGUCAAUAUGAUAAUGCAUUAGUAACUGCACUUCAUUAUGAAUCUCAAAAUGAUCUUUUAUCAUUAUUACUUGAUAAAAAUGCUGAUUUAACUGCAAGACAUCCGGAUUAUAAAAAAUUAAAUUUAAGAGAAUAUUGCAUUUUAACAAGUCGUGUUAAAGCUAAAACAGAACUUGAUGCUUAUAUCAAACGUUUAAUAAUUAGUGGAAAUUAUCAACGAUUAAAAUGGCUUGUUGAUCAUGGUUAUCAAUAUAUAAAUAUUAAGAUUGAUGCAAAACGUUCGGCAAAACAAUUAGCAAAAGAAAGAUAUUAUGAUAAAAUUGUUAAAUUAAUUGAUCAUGUCGAAAAUAUACAAAUGAAAACAAAAAUUAAAAUGAAUUUCUAA